AGAGAUAACUCAUAACGUUAUUGGCCAUGUGAUUAGUUUGAAGUAAGGUGGUUUGGUUCGGAAGUUUGGUUAGAUAUUACUCUGUAAGUUAGCGCCAAAAUUUAUGUGAAAGGAAAGUGCCCUAAAGUAAAAUUGCGUGGUGUUUCUACUUGUGUGUUUGUGUUUAUCUACUCAGAACAUAGCUGCUGAUAUGGCGAGCAAGGAAGAAAUUGCUGCUUGUUUUCAGGAACUAAACAUUAACGCAAGUGAUGCAGUUCUCAAUAAAUGUCUGGAAAUGUGCUUGACUUAUAAUAUUGUGGCAGAAGAUUUUUGUGAUCAGUGGUAUGCAUAUACGGCUUCAAAUUUGAAUGGAGCACUUCCAACCAUUGAACAUUUGGACAAAAUGGAACGGAAAGAAUUUCAGAAAAAUAAAGACCAAGUUUUCCCUCGACAAAGUUUGUUAACCCCAAAACAUAAUCCCCAUAAAAUUACCGGCGAUUUAGAUGAUGCGGUGGUCAGUUCCUAUUUGGAGUUAACACCGAAGAGCAAUCGUAAUAUCUCACAUACUUCUGUACAGAAUAAGCAAACUCCAAAGACUCCUGUAGCAAAAAAUCUGUCAGAUAGCUAUGUUAACAGCCCGGCAAUUACAUCAGAAAAAUAUUCUCAGAGGUCAGACUCAAGAUCGGUACAAUGCUACUAUGGUUCACAGUCGGCAAAAUAUAAAAGAGAAUCCGACCUUACUUUAUCAGUUAAAAAUCAAAAUGAACACAGUCUAACAUCAGAUGUUAAAUAUAUGUACGAAGUUAUGGGAAAGAAAUCGAAGUGUCUUGAUAAUAUCACCUACAAUCUAGGACACGCAAUUUUGGAAACACACGGUCUAAGUCUUUCUGAGGGUCUAUUAAGAACUCAAUUGGGAGAAAUGACAACAUACGGCAGAAUAGUUUCAGAUUCAGAUGGUAAAAUAAAUGUCCAAUCUGUUCUUCUAGAAGGUUCUCAAGAAACAAACUUGUGUAAUACUACAACCUUGAAUAUAAAUAAACUACAAAAAUAUUCUCUUUUUCCUGGUCAAGUAGUAGCUAUCCAAGGAAACAAUGUAAAUUCCAGCACAUUUAUUGCCGAAAAAAUUUUCACAGGCGCAACAUUGAAUUUACCUGAAGAAUUUCCUCUGAAGACUGAUCAAAUGCAAAUUGUUAUUGCUGCUGGCCCUUUCACGUUGCAAGAUAAUCUCUCAUAUCAACCAUUACACGAUUUACUACACUACGUGUCGGAAUACCAACCACAUAUUUUGAUUCUAAUGGGGCCAUUUCUGGAACGAACCCAUGACAGCAUACACGACGGUGGCCUCACUCAAACUUUCGACUCUUUUUUCGAAGGAUUGGUGGAGAAUAUCAUGGGCACUGUACAACCAAUAGACACUCACGUCAUUAUAAUUUCUUCUCAAAAAGAUGCCCAUCAUCAUCCUGUUUAUCCUACGCCCCCAUUUAAAAUUGCGGAACGGUAUAAUAAUCUAACAUUUGUGCCUGAUCCUUGUUUGAUAAAUAUUAAUGGACUGGUCAUUGGAGCUACAUCGGCAGAUGUAUUAUUGCAUAUUAGCAACUUUGAAUUAUACUUUGACAAAAAUCCUUCUGGUCCCAUCGACAGGAUGGGUCGUAUGGCAUCACAUAUUUUGAACCAGCACAGUUUUUAUCCUCUAUAUCCUCCAUUUAAAGGGAUGUGUAUAGAUCAUGAGUUAUUGGAACAGUUCGGUACCUUGGAAUGCAAGCCUCAUGUUUUAAUAUUACCAUCUAAUUUGAAAAAUUUCAUCAAAAAUAUUCAAGAUUGUCUGGUUAUAAAUCCUGAGAGACUGACGAAAGGCUAUGUAGCUGGAACUUAUGCUAGACUGGAAAUUAACCCGGGAAACACGAAUUCUAUUUGUGAUAGAACUUCCUGUCAAAUUCUUAGGAUAUAAUUGUUAAUGACAUUUGGAAAAUAAAAUGUUUUUCAUAAUA